UGAAUGGCACUCUGCCACGCCUCACCGACUCGGUCUCUCUCUCUCUCUCUCUCUCCCUCACCCACCACUGAGUCACCAAAUUCACCGGCUCUGCGCCUAUAAAGUCUCUCUCCCUCUCUCUGAGAAACUGUGUAUCUGAAAAAAUGGGCGUCGAGCAAAAUUCAGAGCCAGCGAUAGAGAUCAACGGUCUGAGAUUCACCUACCCGGGAAUCGACGGCCAUCCGCCUGCGGGCUCCACACCUCUCAUCGACGAUUUCUAUCUCACCCUCCACGCCGGUGAUCGCUGCCUCCUUGUUGGAUCCAAUGGCGCUGGUAAAACCACAAUUCUGAAGAUAUUGGGAGGGAAGCACAUGGUGGAACCCCAUAUGGUUCGUGUGCUUGGAAGAUCAGCUUUUCAUGACACCACAUUGACAUCUUCCGGUGAUCUCAGCUAUCUUGGUGGGGAGUGGAGACGAGAAGUUGCUUUUGCAGGGUUUGACGUUCCAAUACAAAUGGAUGUUUCUGCAGAAAAAAUGAUACAUGGAGUUGCAGGGAUUGAUCCUCAAAGAAGAGCUGAGUUAAUCAAGGUACUGGACAUCGAUCUAUCAUGGAGGAUGCACAAGGCAUCUGAUGGUCAGAGAAGACGAGUGCAGAUUUGUAUGGGUCUCCUCAAGCCGUUCAAGGUUCUUCUUCUUGAUGAGAUAACAGUUGACCUUGAUGUACUAGCGAGGGCUGACCUUCUAAGGUUUCUAAAAAGGGAGUGUGUAGAGCGAGGUGGCACAAUCAUCUAUGCAACACAUAUAUUUGAUGGCCUAGAGGACUGGCCAUCUCAUAUUGUUUAUGUGGCUCAUGGGAAGUUGCAAAUAGCAAUGCCUAUGGAUAAAGUUAAGGAAAACAGCAAAUUGUCAUUAAUGAGAACAGUUGAGACAUGGCUGAGGAAAGAACGAGAUGAGGACAGGAAGAGAAGGAAGGAGAGAAAGGCACGUGGUCUUCCAGAAUUCAACGAACAAACUGAAGGAAGCCGUGCGAUAGGUGAUCCGGCCCGUGCUGCUGUUCGUGCAAUUAACAAUGGCUGGGCAGCAGGGCGGCUGCAUUCUACCGUUGCCGGAGAAGACAACUUUUCGUUCAGCUCAAAUAGUGUUCUGAGGUCGUAGAUGAAUUCAACACAAAGGAAGAGUCCUUCAUAAAACAUCCACUUUGGAGAAUCUAUUAGGUUAUGCAUUGCUUGGGUUCGUAUGAAUUGGAAUGACAACAGAAAUUGUUGCAUCAUUUGCUGUUGUGUAAUUAUAUCAACUGUGAUAUUAUUAUUACAAAAAAACACAAUAACAUUCAAAUUGUUUUAC